AUGAGUUUGCCGCUAACACUUCCGUAUGUUAUUUUAACACUUAAGGAGUUCAUGAUCGUAUGGGUUAACCAAGUGCUAUAUUACAAUGAAAUAUAUCCCUCGGAGAUUUAUGACAAGCUAAAAUCGUUUGAUAUUAUUGUAUAUCAGUCCAGAAACCCUGCACUAAAUAAAUAUGUCGAAGAUUUGGUAAACGAAUUCCUUCUGAUUCUCGUGAAUGGAGAUGGCCAUACUAAUGGGGGUAAAGUGAACCAAAUGCUAUUAUUACUUUAUGAUGUUAAAUCCAAUAAGACCAAGAAAAAAUAUGUGGCAAAGUUCAAUGAAAUGAUUAACCUUGCCCCCUCUGUCAAUGAUUUAAAUUUUUUACAUCUGAUUGAUGAAAAAGAUUCUAAAAGCCUAUUAGAGCCUGUCAUAGAUGUACCAAAUUUUACCUGGGAUGAAAUAUAUUCACAACUUAGGUCUAUUCUAUUCUCGCAAAUUGAAGAAUUGAAGUCGCCAAAUAAUGAGCUAGAAAAGGAUGAUCUUUUCUUCAAAGUGAUAUUGGACUUAGAAGAUUCCAUAGAUUUGAAUGUGAACUUUAAUUCCGAAACUAAUAGUCAGCAUUCAAAUUGGGUUAAAUUGAGUACAACGAGCGCAGACAAGCAAAAAAGGAAAACUAAAGUUGUCCCAAUUGGAGAAGUAAGUGUUGGGUUUAUUUGUAUUGAUAUGUACAAUGAAUAUAGCAAAAGAGUAAAUGCAUGA